CAGGCAAUGACCAGGUAAGAUGAAGCCAAUUGAUGGCUUUACCUCGAGGUCUCCUUCUCUCUCAUCCUGACGGCCAAAGCAUCCCGUCAUCAUGGGUCGAUGGCAUUGGAGAUUCUCGACUGUAUCAGACUCGUAUUACUCAUCCAUCCACCCGCCAUCUUGUACCGAGGCUCUGGGACAGAUCCAGAAACCUUCUAUCGCAGGUUGAUCCGACUCGGUUGUGCAUUGAUUGUUUCGUCGUCUCCCAAUAUCGCCAUGUUAUAACAUCCAGCUUCCUCGUGACCUAUCCAGCUCUAGUCACCUUGCGUCCUACCGCCGCCAUGGCCCCGACAUUCGCUGAUGUCGUCCCCAUCAAGCAAGUCUCCUCGCACCAAUACGCCCUCAACCUCGAGGAUGAAUGGUGUAUAGGAACAGUCCCCAAUGGUGGCUACGUGACAUCGGCGUUCCUCGUCGUCGCUCGAACACACAUGUCCCUGACACACUCGACCCGUUCCGAGCCUCACCCCAUAAACCUGCACCUCGAAUUCCUACGGCGUACUUGCGUUGGCCCUGCGCUCUUCACAGUCAAGGACGUCAAACUCGGCUCGCGCAUAUCGAACCUGCACAUCGUCCUCGCUCAGCGCCAAUCUCCCGACGACCCUUCCUCCCCCUACCAAGACGAAGCAGAAGGCUACAUCACCAUGAGCAACAUCUCCACCGAGACCGGUCUGAGCCUCCCCACGAACUACACCCCCUAUCCUCCCGCCCUACCUGCCGACCUCGUCACCCUGUCCUCUACCGGCCGCGACGCCAACUACACAUCCCGGCCAAAAGAUCCGUUCCCGCAAUUCCGCCGCGCGGCGCAGAAUAUCCAGAUGUUCCUCGUGCGGCCGGACCGACGGCCCAGCGAUCAUCCCAAAGCCAUGCACGACCAGUGGGUGCGCUUUGCGCCGAACCGCAACCCGAAUGGACGCUGGACGAACGACGCUCUCGGCUUCCUGGUCGACAUAUUCCCCCAGAUCGUGGAGAAAUAUGUCAAUCCGCACCUCGAAGAGGCUGAGCUGGGCCAACAAUCCGCAGAUGAGGGCAAGCCUCGGCAGGGGAACGAGAAGGGACCAGGCGCAACGGCGAAGUACUGGUACCCCACGCUCGCUCUGAAUCUGGAGGUCAAGAAACUCCUACCCGAGGAAGGUGCGGAAUGGUUGUUUGUCCGGGUCAAAGCCAAGGCGAUACGUAACGGAAGGUUCGAUUUGGACAUCGAGGUGUGGGAUACGGAUAAUGAGCUCGUCGCCACGAGUAGUCAUUCCAGUUUGAUCAUGGACUCCGCAAGGAAUACGAGCAGGAAAGCGAAGAAUGUCAAGCUAUAACAGUGAGGGGUUUUAUGUAUACACAUAUACAUCUAAGGUGUGCACCUAGAGGGUGGAUAUGGCAUUAUAGUAGGCUAUUUGCGCCCAAAAGACCAGGGACUCUGUGUGUGUGUUGAAUCUAUAGAGCUCAGACGUGCGAAAAAUCACAGGGUGAGGUAAAGAAAUACGGGCAGAUUUAGACGGACAUAUUAUUGCGUGCAUGGCGGUAUGUACAUGUUCAGGCCAUCUCCCUACGACCUGGCUACAACCUCGAUCGCAUAAGACUUCCCAGUGCAAUUAUUAG